AUGAGUAUUGCCGGAUUUACUCUUUCACCUAUAACAUCUCAUUCUAUACAAGGUCAACUUCUAUUGGGCAUUAGUUUUAUAGUUGCAAUAAAAAGUACACUUGGUGCAAUAAUUCAAACAGCUGUUCGUUUAUUUUUUGCUGGUGCUAUUGCUACUACAUAUUGUCUUUUCAUUAUUAAUUUUUGUCCAUGUAAUGUUUAUUAUGGUAUUGGUGCAACAAAUGUUCUUGUUCUUCUUAUUGUUUAUACUGAUUUAUCAGUAACUGUUCGUCGUUUUUCAAUAGUACCAACAUGUAUUAUACUUUUACAAUGA